CCCGGACGCAGCCUGCGAGUCUCACACCAUCACCAAGUGGCCUAAACCCCCCCUGUUCUGCCCCGGCUCGGCACUGUCAGGUGAUUGUCUCCCAGGAGAUUGAGGAAGAAGGAACCCCUGUCUGAAGAUGUGCGACGACGAAGAGAGCACCGCCCUCGUGUGUGACAAUGGCUCCGGUCUGUGCAAGGCAGGCUUCGCCGGGGACGACGCGCCCAGAGCCGUCUUCCCUUCCAUCGUCGGUCGUCCCAGGCAUCAGGGUGUGAUGGUAGGCAUGGGGCAGAAGGACAGCUACGUAGGUGACGAGGCCCAGAGCAAGAGAGGUAUCCUCACCCUGAAAUACCCCAUCGAGCACGGCAUCAUCACCAACUGGGACGACAUGGAGAAGAUCUGGCAUCAUUCCUUCUACAACGAGUUGCGUGUGGCCCCCGAGGAGCACCCUACACUCCUUACUGAGGCCCCCCUCAACCCCAAAGCCAACAGGGAGAAGAUGACCCAGAUCAUGUUUGAGACCUUCAACGUACCAGCCAUGUAUGUAGCUAUCCAGGCCGUGCUGUCCCUCUACGCCUCUGGCCGCACAACAGGCAUUGUCCUUGACUCUGGUGAUGGUGUCACCCACAACGUGCCCAUUUACGAGGGCUAUGCCCUUCCCCACGCCAUCAUGCGUUUGGACCUGGCUGGCCGCGAUCUCACAGACUACCUCAUGAAGAUCCUGACCGAGCGUGGCUACUCAUUCGUGACCACUGCCGAAAGAGAAAUUGUCCGUGACAUCAAGGAGAAGCUGUGCUACGUGGCUCUUGACUUUGAAAACGAGAUGGCCACCGCUGCCUCCUCCUCCUCCCUGGAAAAGAGCUACGAACUUCCUGACGGACAGGUCAUCACCAUCGGCAACGAGAGGUUCCGUUGCCCCGAGACACUCUUCCAGCCUUCCUUCAUCGGUAUGGAGUCUGCCGGUAUCCAUGAAACUACUUACAACAGCAUCAUGAAGUGCGACAUCGACAUCCGUAAGGACCUGUACGCCAACAACGUGCUGUCUGGUGGCACCACCAUGUACCCCGGUAUUGCUGACCGUAUGCAGAAGGAGAUCACCGCACUGGCCCCCAGCACCAUGAAGAUCAAGAUCAUCGCCCCACCUGAGCGCAAGUACUCGGUCUGGAUCGGCGGCUCCAUCCUGGCCUCCCUCUCCACCUUCCAGCAGAUGUGGAUCAGCAAACAGGAGUACGACGAAGCCGGCCCCUCCAUCGUGCAUCGCAAGUGCUUCUAGACAGCACCCCCCAGAACCGCUCCUCCUCCUCCUCCUCCUCCUCCUCCCUCUCUCUCCAUUCAUUCCUUCCUUCCAUCCAUCCUCCUCCUCCUCGUCUUCCAUGCCUCUUUCCAUCCCUCCCUCCAAGUCCUGUUACCCUCCCCCCAACCUCCCUCCAAACACUGCAUUGUUCACUCUGCAACCUCCCUUCCCUUUCGUUACUGUCUUGGUCUUCCCCCGUUGCCUGUAAACUGUGAAUGCAGAAUCCCUUCCACCCCAACCCUCCAUUCAACCCCUCCAUUCACCCCCCCCCCAUGUUAUCCUUCUGUGCUAUCUUUGCACUGCCCCUCACCUGUGUGAAUGUGUUUUUUGUCUUUCUCUCUUGUACUGAUGUUUUUAUUAUUUUUUUGUUUUGUCGAUUUGUUGUUGUUUUGGACAAAUAAAACCGAACAAAAGAACAAGCUUGAAGGUGCUGCCGAACAGAAAUUGUCGGGGACUGUGUUUUUUUUUUCCUGUGUGGUGGUGGUGGUGGUGGUGGUGGGGAUGUGGGGGGAUGUUCGAAGUUGUGAAUUCAUCAUGACUUGAGUGAUAUGUGGCUUGGGUGGAGGUGUGAGGGGUGUGUGUGGGGGGGGGGGGGGUGGGGGGUUGUAGGAUGGGGGAUGUAAUUUUGGGUAGGCCCCAGUAUGGGGAUGAAAUCGGCCAACUCUUGCUUUAAAACUCUGGAUCAGGGACAUAGCGGUUACUGUUGUAGUAGUUCAGUACAGUUAUGAUUAUAAUGUUCAGGCAACUUGGCUUGUCGAUCCUGAAUGGAGCUUUUUGUUUUUUGCUCUUGGACCCCCCCUUGUGUUCCUGUACCCACACUGCAUCCCUGCCGCUUUUUUCCCUGUUAAGAGGUUGUACUGAAAGUCUUGCAAACAUGUUCUUCCAUCACUGUAAGCCUCUUGAGUUUGAGAAGAAGGCAGUUCUGUGAGGUGUUGUCAUUCUGAUUGCCCCAGGAAAAAAAUCUAACAAACAACAAUAAAAGCUCUGCUGAAAAGGAA